AUGACUGCAAAGAGUGGUCAGCGUUCGGGCCGAUGGACACAAAUCGGACACUUUAUACGGCUAUUAUCUGUGGAGCCGUUUCUGUUUGCGGUAAUGUUUGUCGGAUCCAUGAAGAAAGUGCCGACGGAUCAGUUGGCUCAGGACAAGAUAUGUCGCCUGUCCUACGGUCUCAACAACACCUACUGUGCGGGACUGUCAACGAUGACCGCCAAUGAGGACUAUUUGCGCGUCAAGUCUAAGGUGUUGGCCGACGCGACCAACUUUGCCUUAUAUAACGCGUGUAUCACAACAUUUCCCUCUAUACUGACCGCCCUAUUCAUCGGCUCGUGGACUGACAGCUAUAUCAGGGCCCCCCAAUACGUGCUGCUAAUGAACCAGGUGCCGGUGCUGUUCGCCGGCGGUAUGUCCGCAAUCAUAACAUCCAUUUGGGGUUAUAUCGCGUCCACCACUCCUUUCCAUAUGCGAGCCCUACGGAUGACAAUCGCCGAGAUUAUCAACAUUAGCGCGAUGCCAUUGGGCACAUACGUGGGCGGUAUUGUACUGAACACGCAAACCAUGUUUACCGGCGACCAAAUACACAAUUACUCGGGAGUGUUCAUCAUAUGCUGUCUGUCGGCCGUAUUGUUACUAUUGUGGGUCAUAUACAGAGUGGACGAAGAGAGAGAUAUGCGGGAAUGGGAGAGACAUUUUGGCGAGACUACCAACACAAUUACUCGGGAAGUGGACGAAGAGAGAGAUAUGCGGGAAUGGGAGAGACAUUUUGGCGAGACUACCGGCGCUGCGGUCGACGGCACCGACACUAACAACUCGUCUGAGGCCCGGAUCGCAGACAAACUGCAAAAAUAUGAGGACAACAAACACAUACAUCCCAUGAAAUUGUUGUUCAAUUUGAAUAAUGUCAAAGAGAUGCUGAGCACCUGCUGUCUGCCCCGCGCCAAUCACGUACGGCUCCAGAUAUGGCUAAUGUUCGUAUCGAUGGUGUGUUAUAUGAUGUCAUACGUCGGGCCGCAGGUCUUCAUGUUUCAGUUCACCGAAAAGGUGUAUUCCUGGGACUCCCGGCGCUAUAGCAACGCCGCCACUCUGGCCACCAUUGCUCAGGCGGUCGGCCCUAUGAUUGUCGGCCCUCUACUUGUUAAGGUGUUCAAAAUACGGGACACAACACUGGCUGCGGUGGGUUUUGGCUCAUACCUAUCAAUGAACGUGAUCCGGGGCGUUGUGCUAAACCCGUCCGGUUUCUACUACUCGCUAAUACCGGGCAAUAUGGGAGCCGUCGGGUCGAUAGGCAUACGGAGCCAUUACUCAAAGAUAGUGAAGGCCCACGAGUUGGGCAAAGUGUUCAGCCUAUUGGCCGCUAUAGAGGCUGUCUCACCACUGGUCGCCUCUUUCAUAUUCAGCUCGUUAUUCAACGCAACGAUGGACACAAUGCCCGGCCUUUCACUCCUUGUUGUGGCGCUCGUACUCGUCUAUCCCAUUGUUGUCGUCACUUGGAUCCACUUCUUCACUGUUUUGCCCGAUAGUUAUAUCGUUGAGUGCUCUGACGCAAUCGAACCAAGUGGACAACCUAUGAGCCGAUUGAGUCGUUUGUGGCAAUUUAGCCGUCUAUUAACGAUCGAGCCGUACAUAUUUGUACUGAUGUUCAUCUAUACCCUGAAGAAAGUGCCGACGGAUCAGUUGGCUCAGGACAAGAUAUGUCGCCUGUCGUACGGCAUGAACACCACAUACUGUCAACAAUUGUCACACAUGACCGCCGAUGAGGACUAUAUGCACGUUAAGUCCAAGAUAUUGGCCGACUCUACCAACUUUGGCUUAUAUAUGAUUAUCAUCAGUACAUUGCCAACAGUGUUAACAUCCCUGUUCAUCGGCGCCUGGACUGACAACUAUAUCAACGCCAAAAAAGUGCUGCUAAUCAUGGGCUCAAUGGCUAUGAUAUGCGAAGCGGUCAUUAAUAUACUCAAUGAUUAUUUCUUUGAUUUGUCCCAAUAUGUGGUGCUCAUGAGUGCCCUGCCUUUGGUGGCCGCCGGCGGCAUAUUGGGCACCAUAACGGCCACCUGGGGUUACGUGGCCUCCACCACACCCUUUCACAUGCGGGCACUACGGAUGACAAUCGCCGAGAUUGUUAACGUUAGCGCUAUGCCAUUGGGCACAUACGUGGGCGGUAUAGUGUUGAACACGCCAUCAAUGUUCAGCUCCGGGCAAAUACACAACUACUCGGGAGUGUACCUAAUAAUGGGUAUCGCAAACGCGUUGAUACUAUUGUGGGUCAUCUAUAGAGUGGACGAAGAGAAAGAUUUGCGAGAAUGGGAGCGAGUGUUUGGCACUACCGGUGCGGACGGCGCCGACACCAGCAAAGAGUCGGCCGAACGGCUGGAAAGGAAACUGAAGAGAUAUGAGGACAACAAACACAUACAUCCCAUACGACUGUUAUUUAAUAUGAAAAAUGUCAAAGAGAUGUUAAUCACGUGUUGUGAGCGCCGGCCAAACCACGUACGACUCCAGAUAUGGCUACUGUUCAUAGGGAUGGCGUGUUUCCUAUUGUCAUACGUCGGGCCCAUUAUAUUCUUGUUUCAGUUCACGCAAAAAGUUUAUAAAUGGGACUCAAAGAUAUACAGCAACGGCUCUGCCAUCGGAUCUAUAGUCCAGGCGGUGGGUUCGAUGAUUGUCGGACCCUUACUUGUCAGGGUAUUUAAACUGCGAGACACGACACUAUCGCUAUUUGGUUGCGGCUCUUUCCUGGCGCUGAACCUAAUCCGUGGUUUGGUAUUAACGCCCAAUGGUUUCUACUACGCGCUCAUACCGGGCUUUUUUGGCCCCGUGGGCUCCAUAGGCAUGCGUACACAUUACAGCAAGAUUGUUAGGCCACAUGAAUUGGGCAAAGUGUUCAGCCUAUUGGCCUCCAUAGAGGCCGUCUCGCCGCUGAUCGCGUCCUUCCUCUUCACGAGUAUAUUCAACGCAACGAUGGACUCAACGCCAGGUCUGGGACUCAUAAUAGUGGGACUCGUAAUGCUUAUACCGAUGGUUAUCCUAACGUGGAUCCACUUCUUUACCGUUUUGCCAGAUUUUGAAAAUAACACUGAA